AUGUCAAAUAUGCAUGGUGCUGUUAAAAUCAUAUUGAAAGCUUCGUUAAAAUGGAUGCCUAUAUUCGGAUGGUACGUAUCAAUAUAUGAGGGGAUGCAAUUCUUCGACUUUAUUUUUCUUAAAAGAAACUGGGCGUCUGACAAAGAUAAUUUGACCAAAAAACUGAACGAAGUCGCUGAUUCCGAUGAUCCGAUGUGGUUACUUAUAUUUCCAGAAGGAACGUUAGUAUCGAAAGAAACGCGAGGAUGGUCUCAAUCAUAUGCAGCUAAAAUCGGUGUGGACGAUAAUGUACACUGUUUACUACCACAUGCUACGGGAUUACAUUUCUGCUCACAAACACUUAGAAAAUCAGUUCAUUAUAUUUACGAUCUAACAAUUGGAUUUGAAGGAGUUUCAAGAGGAACAUAUCCCGAGGAAAUGUAUAAUCUUAAAGGGAUUUACUUUCAGGGAAUAUUUCCCACUGGUGUACAUAUGCAUAUUCGUCGUUAUGCAAUAUCAGAAAUCCCUGAUGACAAAGAUAAAUUCACAGAAUGGCUUAGACAACGAUGGAUAGAAAAAGACAAGUUAAUGGAAAUAUUUUAUGCUCAAGGACGAUUUCCGACUGUUGAAUCACCAAGACGUCUGCCCAUUAGGCUGAGAAGUAUUAAUGAAAUAGCAUACAUUUGGUAUUUUGUAAUCCCAUUUGUUUGGCUAGUUUGGAAUUUUUCCGGUCUCAUGAUUGAGAAUUUUAAUAAAGCAGUAAUUCAUAUUUUGUGA